GAUCCGAGACUUCGGGCAAUUCGUCCCCGCUGGCUUGCGGGAGAGAGGAAAGGAGAGGGACCGGGGAAGGCCGCGGCAGAGCAAGGAAGAAGCUGCCGGCAGGGCCCAUGAUGAAGACACUCGUUCUUUUGCUGCUGGUGCUCUUGGACUUGGGGCUGGCUCAACAGCAGCUCCACAGGGUGCCCCUCAGGAGGCGACAGUCCCUCCGGAAGAAGCUGCGGGCACGGGGCCAGCUCUCUGAGUUCUGGAAAUCCCAGAAUUUGGAUAUGAUCCAGUUCACUGAGUCCUGCACGAUGAACCAGGAUGCCAGCGAGCCCCUCAUCAACUACUUGGAUAUGGAAUACUUCGGCACCAUCUCCGUGGGCUCUCCGCCGCAAAACUUCACAGUCAUCUUCGACACUGGCUCCUCCAACCUCUGGGUCCCCUCUGUGUACUGCACCAGCCCAGCCUGCAAGACACACACCAGGUUCUACCCUUCCCAGUCCAGCACAUACAGCACAGUGGGGAGUCAUUUCUCCAUUCAGUAUGGGACCGGGAGCUUGUCUGGAAUCCUCGGAGCUGACCAAGUCAAUGUGGAAGGACUGGUGGUGGUCGACCAGCAAUUUGGAGAGAGUGUCACAGAGCCCGGCCAGACCUUUGUGAACGCAGAGUUUGAUGGCAUUCUGGGCCUGGGCUACCCCUCCUUGGCUGUGGGAGGGGUGACCCCGGUGUUCGACAACAUGAUGGCGCAGAACCUGGUGGAUAUACCCAUGUUUUCCGUGUACAUGAGCAGUGACCCAGAAGGCGGUGCGGGGAGCGAACUCAUUUUCGGAGGCUAUGACCACUCCCAUUUUUCUGGGAAUCUGAACUGGGUCCCUGUCACCAAGCAAGGCUACUGGCAGAUUGCCCUGGAUGCAAUCCAGGUGGGAGGUACGGUGAUGUUCUGCUCCGAGGGCUGCCAGGCCAUCGUGGACACGGGGACUUCCCUCAUCACAGGCCCCUCAGACAAAAUCAAGCAGCUGCAGAAGGCCAUUGGGGCAGAACCCAUGGAUGGAGAAUAUGGGGUGGAGUGUGCCAACCUCAACGUCAUGCCGGAUGUCACCUUCACCAUCAAUGGCAUCUCCUAUACCCUCCAACCAACCGCCUAUACCCUGCUGGACUUUGUGGAUGGAAUGGAGUUCUGCAGCAGCGGCUUUCAAGGGCUCGAUAUCCAGCCUCCCGCUGGGCCCCUCUGGAUCCUGGGAGAUGUCUUCAUUCGGCAGUUUUACUCGGUCUUUGAUCGUGGGAAUAACCGCGUUGGGCUGGCCCCGGCAGUCCCCUAAGUCACAGCCUUUUGCCUGUGCCUGCCUGCCUUCCCGACACCCCUUGGAAAUCCAGCUACGCCCGUUAGGUUGGGGCACCCUUCACAAUGGUCAAAAAGUCAUUUUCAGGAAGGUACAGUUCUAGAGCUGCAACUUGAAUUAGGUCCACAAAGAGCAUAUGAACAUACACACACACACACAC